AUGCCUCUCAACCCGCUUUCAGAUCGGCAAUUAACUGUCGCUUAUGGCAGUGACUUGCUCAGAGCCCACCAAAUCUGUCGUGAGAACAUCAUCUUGCAAAAGCAGCUCGAGGCUUGCCUCGAACAAGUCGUCGGUCUGUGCGAGGAAGUGAGAGGCUUGGAGGCCAACUAUACCACCGCCGUCGAAGAUGGGCGUGCAGCGAGAAGUCUCCUGGAAGCGCAGGUGCAGACACUGAUAUCCGACUGUCAAAAAGGUGUCGCCGCGGAGCAGCAGCAAGAACAACACUUUCAAGUCACCUUGGAGAGCUUUCGGAUCGCUCUCGAUGAGAAAGCCGACGCAUCAGUGGUCGAAUCACUCGCGAAUCGAGUUGAUCAGCUUCACGCCAACUCAGUAACAGUAAAUGCCACAUUGCCGCCAGUCAGUCGUGUAUCCGAUUCGAUCCAGGUCUUGGACUCUCAACAGAAUAACCAUCAUAAAGAACCAUCAAUCUCGGCGGAGCUCUCCAGUCGACUCGAAGUCCAUCACGGGCCCCGCGAGACUGUGCCUGAUGACCUCGAUCUGGACGCGAAUGCAGAGACGAUUAGCUAUGCCGGUCACCACCAAUGUCUCCAUGACAAGAAUGACUCGCAGAGGAUGUUGCCACCAACUGCGGAAGCUAUACAGCUCGCCAGAAUCAAGUCGCUUCGCCAGAGGAGAUUUGAUGAGUGGACUUCCUACUAUGAUCAAGGCCAGAGAUUAUUGGAGAGCUUGCCGAACAGUUUCGAAGAGACAGUCGUGCACAACUUCGUAAGCGGAAUUCUCAGAGACUCUCAUAGGAGACAAUGUCAGCAAUGGCUUGAUGCGAAUGGGUGGACGUGGGCCAAUGUUACCACUUUUGGAAUCUUGUGCUCACAGGUUCUCGCGAACAAUGCAAUACAUCCGGCGGGUACCACGCAGGCACUGUCCUCGGCCCCAAGCCAAACGGACGACAUGCCUGCCACGGCCUGCGCAAAUGACAAAACCGAGUCCCGCACGGACAGCAAGAAGGCCCAGAAACCAAAGACUCGGCGGAUCACAGGGACCGAACCUUUGCGUCGGAGCCAACGUCUUCUCGAGCAUAGGUUGAAUGCAUCCUCCCACAGCACCCCUGCUCUGGAGUCGAUGACGUUACACCCACCAAAAGCCAUCAUCCCUGAUUCCAGCGUUCUUGCUGGUAAUCAGGACACCAACACUAAGCUCGACAGGAAGUCUGAAGCUCGACCCAAGAUGAAGAAGAAGCCACAGCCCAAGCUGGCGGGAAACACGGAUGUUCAAAAGGCCCAGCAACAGCGACCUGAGAACGAUUCUGCUGAGGGUCGUAAACCUGCCGGCGACAAUCCGCCCACAGAGCACACACGGCAGUCAGAGAGCCACAGCGCCAGAAAGAGAGCAGCUGAGUCGAAUCAAUCCGUACAUCCGAAAAAGCGACCGAAAUCAAAGAAGGAAAAGGCUAACCAACGUAAAGAUGCCGAAUGUCGGGUGCUGUCAGCAAAGCCAGACGCGGCAAAGGUGGCAGCCGAAAGUAGCGAUGACGAGGGCUUUUUAUAUGAAGCAAAUCCCUCUGAGGAUCUCGACCGCCAGGACGCAGGGGACAUUUUGAGGAAACGAAGUCAUGCCAGACGUUCAGGCCAUGGUGUGCAACGUCAAUAUAGAACAGACAGAUCGCAGAAACGUUUACCUCUGCCGCCACCUCCGGAGAUUCCGAUCUUACCUACCACGGAGGAAGAGUAG